GAAGAGCCCUUUGUCAUGGUGUCUGAAAAUGUUCUGGGAAAACCGAAGAAGUAUCAGGGCUUCUCAAUAGAUGUGUUGGAAGCCUUGGCCACUUACCUCGGCUUUAAAUAUGAAAUUUAUGUUGCACCGGAUCACAAGUAUGGGAGUCCUCAGGAUGAUGGGUCAUGGAAUGGACUGAUAGGAGAACUGGUAUUUAAGAGAGCUGAUAUAGGGAUCUCUGCCCUAACCAUCACCCCUGACAGGGAAAAUGUGGUCGACUUCACAACACGAUACAUGGACUACUCAGUGGGUGUGCUGCUUCGAAAGGCAGAGAAGACAGUGGACAUGUUUGCCUGCUUGGCACCGUUUGACCUCUCCCUGUGGGCAUGCAUAGCUGGCACCGUGCUGUUAGUAGGGCUACUGGUCUACCUCUUGAACUGGCUCAACCCACCACGCCUUCAGAUGGGAUCCAUGACCUCCACAACCCUCUACAACUCCAUGUGGUUUGUGUACGGAUCCUUUGUGCAACAAGGAGGAGAGGUCCCAUACACAACCCUGGCAACCCGACUGAUGAUGGGAGCUUGGUGGCUUUUUGCUUUGAUUGUCAUCUCCUCCUACACGGCAAACCUAGCAGCUUUCCUCACCAUCACACGCAUUGAGAACUCCAUCCAGUCUCUCCAGGAUCUCUCAAGGCAGACAGAUAUCCCUUAUGGCACCGUCUUGGACUCUGCAGUCUAUGAGCACGUCCGAGUGAAAGGGAUGAAUCCUUUUGAGAGGGACAGCAUGUAUUCCCAAAUGUGGCGGAUGAUUAACAGAAGUAAUGGCUCGGAGAACAACGUCAUGGAGUCGACCGCAGGCAUUCAAAAGGUGAAAUAUGGGAACUACGCCUUUGUAUGGGACGCAGCAGUACUGGAGUACGUGGCCAUCAACGACGCAGAAUGCUCUUUUUACACAGUCGGGAACACUGUUGCGGACAGAGGAUAUGGGAUUGCACUGCAGCAUGGCAGCCCCUACCGAGACGUUUUCUCACAAAGGUAA